AGACCGAACCCCCUCCAGAACUCGUUAGACUGUUGACAUGGAGAGUCUGCUCCGCGCCGUGGCCGUGCUGGCCGUGUUGUUGGUGGGGUUGUUCCAGCACGGAGCUGUUGUGGCCGUCCGGCCGUACACAUCUGUGCUGACUGUGACAAACGGACAGCAGUGGGGAACAUGGAGGUGGCCCGAGAUGUGUCCUGACCAGUUCUUUGCUAUUGGCUUCAGUACCAGGGUGGAGUCCAAACAGGGCGAUGGCGACGACACGGCCAUGAACGGCAUCCGCCUCAUCUGCGGCAAAGACGGGAACCACAACUCCAUACACACUGUGGAGUCUCACCCUGGCUUGUAAGUGUUCUGCACUGGUACCAGUC